AACGCCAAAAGAAAAAAUGCCUGCUGUGCCGAAAUACCAAAGGGACCCAUAACGAGGAACUCAAAACGCGGCCACCAUGAGUGAGGGGGGAGGGAGACACUUUGCGAGGGCGAGAACGAGAGUGAGAAAGAGAUGUUUUUGUUGCCAUGGCAAAAAAGUGGAUUAAUCGUGAUGUACGGAUCAUCAUGUUUAGGUCUUUGCAGAACGAAUUUGAUUCACGGAUAGACUACAUUGGAUUCAUUUGAAAGCUCAUAAAACUGUUGAGUUACCGGGAGCAAUAAAGGAGAUAUUAUCCGCUCAGCAGGCGCUCGUUUUGGGCUAUCUAUGACUGGAGACUUACGAUAAGGUUAUGAUACCAAUGAUUGUACAAUCCUUUUCGACGAGACACGACCUUGGGGGAGACAUAUUCUCACUGGACUCUGUGUGGAAAUGUGAGACAAAUGAAAGCUUUACAGUACCAAGAGUGGAGUAGACUGAGAUAUUUCCCUGGACACCAUGUUUCUGAGAGUGUCCCUGCAGUGAUGGUAUUUUUCUGAAUGCAAGAGACCGAUGGUGUCACGUUGUGGUUUACCUAAUAAAAUGAGCCUCUUGCUUUUGGCCCUUCUUUUGCUGGAUGUCAGGAUGGCAAACUUAAGCCUCCUGGUGGGCGCCCAGUCCAAUGAGAGGCGGGUGCUGGCCCACGUCCCUGGGGACAUCAUCAUCGGGGCCCUGUUCUCGGUUCACCACCAGCCCCCAGCCGAUAAGGUGCACGAGCGGAAGUGCGGGGAGGUGCGGGAGCAGUACGGGAUCCAGCGCGUGGAGGCCAUGCUGCACACCCUGGAUCGCAUCAACGCCGACACCAAGAUCUUGCCCAACAUCUCGCUGGGCUGCGAGAUCCGAGACUCCUGCUGGCAUUCCGCGGUGGCCCUGGAGCAGAGUAUCGAGUUCAUCCGGGACUCUCUGGUCCCCUCAGAAGAGACAGAGAGCCAGGCGCGUUGCUCCAGCGACGGGCCUGUCAGGGGGAAGAAACCUAUCGUGGGCCUGAUUGGGCCUGGAUCCAGCUCAGUAGCCAUCCAGGUCCAGAACCUGCUGCAGCUAUUUAAUAUCCCCCAGAUUGCCUAUUCUGCUACCAGCAUGGACCUCAGUGAUAAGUCCCUAUUCAAGUACUUUAUGAGAGUAGUACCCUCUGAUGCCCAGCAAGCCCGGGCCAUGGUGGACAUCGUGAAGCGGUACAACUGGACCUAUGUGUCGGCCAUUCACACUGAGGGAAACUAUGGGGAGAGUGGCAUGGAGGCAUUCAAGGACAUGGCCGCCAAGGAGGGGAUCUGCAUCGCGCACUCUGACAAGAUCUACAGCAACGCAGGGGAGCAGGGCUUCGACAGGCUCCUGGGGAAGCUGAGGAGCCAUCUUCCCAAGGCGCGCGUGGUGGCCUGCUUCUGCGAGGGCAUGACCGUGCGCGGGAUCCUCAUGGCCAUGCGGCGCCAGAGCCUGGUGGGGGAGUUCCUGCUGGUCGGCAGCGAUGGCUGGGCCGACCGCUACGACGUGACAGACGGGUAUCAGAGGGAGGCUGCGGGCGGCAUCACCAUCAAGCUGCAGUCGGCCUACGUCAAGUGGUUUGAUGACUACUACCUGAAGCUCAGGCCCAACAACAACCUGCGCAACCCCUGGUUCCCAGAGUUCUGGCAGCACCGCUUCCAGUGCCGCCUGAGGGGCCAUCCGCAGGAGAACACCAAGUACACUCGCAUCUGCAGCGAGAAAGAGUCCUUGCGCCAGCAAUACGCCCAGGAUACCAAAAUGGGCUUUGUCAUCAAUGCCAUCUACUCCAUGGCACACGGCCUCCACAACAUGCAGAGGGCACUGUGCCCUGGCUACACCGGUCUCUGCAAAGCCAUGCGGCCCAUUGACGGCAGCAAGCUGCUGGAAUUCCUCAUGAAGACUAACUUCUCGGGCGUGUCUGCAGAGGUCAUUCGGUUUGAUGAGAAUGGAGACUCUCCGGGGAGGUACGAGAUCAUGAAUUUCAAGAAGGUGGGCGUGAACGACUUCGGCUACAUUAACGUUGGAAGCUGGGACAACACUGGUCUGAAGAUGGACGAUGAUGAGAUUUGGGCUAAUGCGAGUUCCAUUAUCAGAUCAGUUUGCAGUGACCCAUGUGAGAAGGGACAGAUCAAGGUGAUCCGCAAGGGCGAAGUCAGCUGCUGCUGGACCUGCACGCCGUGCAAGGAGAACGAGUACGUCUUUGACGAGUACACCUGCCGGGCCUGCGAGCUUGGGUCAUGGCCCACAUAUGACCUCACAGGGUGUGACCCCAUUCCUGUGGAGUACCUCCGCUGGGGGGACCCCGAGCCCAUCGCUGCCGUGGUCUUCGCCUGCCUCGGCCUCCUGGCGACCUCCUUCGUCACGUGCAUUUUCAUCAAGUUCCGGGACACGCCGGUGGUGAAGUCCUCCAGCCGCGAGCUCUGCUACAUCAUCCUGGCGGGCAUCUGCCUGGGCUACCUCUGCACCUUCUGCCUCAUUGCCAAGCCGCACGUGGUCUACUGCUACCUGCAGAGAGUGGGCAUCGGCCUGUCGCCCGCCAUGAGCUACUCCGCCCUGGUCACCAAGACCAACCGCAUCGCCCGCAUCCUGGCCGGCAGCAAGAAGAAGAUCUGCACCAAGAAGCCACGCUUCAUGAGCGCCUGCGCCCAGUUGGUCAUCGCCUUCCUCCUCAUCGUUCUCCAGCUGGGCAUCAUCGUGGCACUCUUCAUCAUGGAGCCACCCGAGGUCAUCCAUGACUACCCCAGCAUCCAGGAGGUCAACCUCAUCUGCAACACCACCACCCUGGGCGUGGUGGCGCCACUGGGCUACAACAGCCUGCUUAUCCUCAGCUGCACCUUCUACGCCUUCAAGACGCGCAACGUGCCGGCCAACUUCAACGAGGCCAAGUACAUCGCCUUCACCAUGUACACCACCUGCAUCAUCUGGCUGGCCUUCGUGCCCAUCUACUUCGGCAGCAACUAUAAGAUCAUCACCAUGUGCUUCUCGGUCAGCCUGAGCGCCACGGUGGCUCUGUGCUGCAUGUUCGUGCCCAAGGUCUACAUCAUCCUGGCCAAGCCGGAGCGCAACGUGCGCAGCGCCUUCACCACCUCCACCGUGGUGCGCAUGCACGUGGGCGACGGCAAGUCCUCCUCUGCCGCCAGCCGCACCAGCAGCAUGGCCAACCUGUGGAGACGCCGCGGGUCGGGCGGGGAGACACUCAGCUCCAAUGGGAAGACUGUCACAUGGGCUCAGAAUGAGAGAGUGCAGAGCUACAACCUGUGGAAGCGAAUCUCUGUCCACAUCAAGAAGAGGGAGUCCAACCAGACGGCCGUUAUCAAGCCCUUCUCCAAAGACGAGGGCGGGGUCAAGUGCAUAUAUGAGGUGCCUGAGACGAACCAACGCUACCCGGUCACGUACCGCCCGCGGACCCCCUCGCACAUCAGCACGGUGAGCCAGAGGGCUGCGCCGCGGGGCUGCCUGGAAGAGGAGGAGGAAGAGGAGGUGCCGGCUCUGCCGUCCUACCUGAACGAGCGGCCCCAGCGCGGCCCCAGCGCCCAGGGCACCAUCAUGGACCAGAUCAGCUGCGUGGUCAACCGCUUCACCGCCAACAUCAGCGAACUCAACAGCAUGAUGCUGUCCGGCCCCCCCUCCUGCGGGGCCACGCCCACCUCCACCACGCCCUGCUCCCCGACCUUCCUCAUCCCUCGCGAGAUGCAGCUGCCCACCUCCGUCACCACCUUCGCCGAGGUGCAGGCUGCCUCCGGCAUGGGGGCCAACGGGCGCAUGCGCGGCCUGGCCAAGGCCCCGCCUCUCCAGGUCAUGGACUCCCUGCAGGAUCCCACCUCUGUAAUGAGGCCCUCCGACCUGGAGGAGGCGCUGGCGACCCUGACGCCCCCCUCGCCCUUUAGGGACUCUGUGGGCUCUGGGAGCGGGUCGCCCACGUCGCCCGCCUCAGAGUCGGCCCUCUGCGACCCGUCCUCGCCCAGGUAUGAUCGGCUGGUGCUGCGGGACUACAGCCAGAGCUCAUCGUCAUUGUGAAGCCAGGCAGAGAGCAGCAGGGCAACCAUGGCGCCUCCUUAAACACACAGCAAAAUGACAAACGUUAGUCAACACCUGCCAGGUUUCCUGUAACCCCUGUGUUUACAGCAGUGUGGAUUUAGUCUGUGUUGAGUGGCCAGAAAGGACCUGACCAAGGCUCUAGCAAGUUUCUUCAUGACACAGUUUACAGAAGGGGUCCAGAGAACAGGCUUCAUAUAACUUCAAGUGGCCUUACUGUGCUCAGAUGCAGCUUUUGGCCAAUCUAGAGUCUCUUUUGGACUCUGCUAGGACUGGGCCACUGGCUUUGCCAUUGGGGCCCCGGUAUUGCUGAGGAGCAUUAACAGUAUACACCCUGGUGGUCCUUGGUGAUCAUCUUUGUGACAGUUAAAAUGGAACAGACACGUGAGAUGCUGUCGACUGUAUCCUGGGGUGUCGAAAUCAUGGUCAACAGCAUAAAUAUCCAGUGUGAUUUGCCUUUCUGGCACAUUUUCAGACACACUACAGUAUAAAGUGCUUUGUUUUGAAAUGAAAGAAGAUAAUUGCAUACACUAUACAGCCUGUUUGUUACUGGAAUCUUCUUAUUCUUCUUUUUUCUGUAAAUGUAUUCUCUUUUUAUUUCUUAUUUAAACUCUCCAGAAAUUACACUUAAAUGUCAAUAUAAAAUAUGAAUGUAUAUUCAUCUUCAGAUGAUAUGGGACCAAAACUAUCUUGUUCCUCAGUUAGUGUUUGGAUCAAGUGGUUCAAGUCAAUUUAGUAAGUGCUCAGUCCUAUGCUGGAAUGCGUCACAUGUUUGCUUAUUUAUGUAAUGACAUGUAUUUGCUGUCUGAGGGAACAGUUGGUCGUAUUUGCUGUACUGUAAUCAAGUCGGUGCUGGGAAUGAAGUGUUCAGGCUGUCAUUGUGAAAGUGAAGUGAUUAUUAAUCAUUUAGAAGAUGCAUUCCUAAAUGCCUGAUGCGAAAGCACACUGCCCCAGCGAGCACAGGGUCUUCACACAACGUCUCUUAGACAGGGCGGCGCUUUCAUGAUGGAACGACGUCAUUGCUACACCGAAAGAAUGUCACAAGGAGCCACACUGGGCCUUUCUGUGCAGAGGAGCGCAGAUACAAACACAUUCACUGAAGAAAAACACUGAGAUAAGCAGUACUGAUAAUCAAGAGAAUGUAAGCAGUGCAGUCAAAAUGGCUGUAUUCACCAAGAUGCCAGUGAGUUGAUAUUUUUUUCACAUUAACCAUAUUAUAUAUUGCAUUAUGUAACUACAUAGAAGGCAUGACUAAAGCAUUUGUUCAUUUGUAGCUUGAUUUAUUUGUUCCUUAGUUGCUUAAUUUAAAAAAAUAUUAUCAAUUUCCACUUUAUUAACAUUAUCAUAGUAAACUUAGCUACAAGUGCAAAUGUGUAUCAAUGAAUGUUUAAAUGAGAUACUAUCUGCUGUAAAUAUAACUAUGGAUAUUUGUGCCAAAGGGAAUAGGACUUUAGAGUCAGAAGAUUAUCUGUUUUUAUUAUUUAUUUUCUCAUGCACUGUAGGUUGCUCUAUAUUAUAACAUCAACUAAAUGAAGUGACAACAACAAUAAUAAAAAAUGACCAUCUUUGUCAUGAUUGUAAACUGUAUUAUUUAAAACUGUAAACUCAAUACAUGGCUGAACACUUUUUAAAAGCCCCUAUCAAGAAAAAUGUUUUUUUUUUUUCUUUCUGGUGUUAUAUAAAAUUGUGAGAAGGAAUGUAAUUUAAAAGCGCAAUUCUGUGAAGUGGUCCACAAACAAACAUGUUUUUACAACCUUAAUAAAUGUGUUUAGUAGUGUUCAACAGUGGCUGAAAUCUAGUAAUUAUGUACAUGAUAUACUGAUAAUAUACAGCGUAUAUUAUCAUUUGAAAUGUAUAGAAUUAAUAGAAUCAUGCAACCACAUUUCCUUAAUAUUUGAAAAAACUGAGGUGGUUCAGUAUCUUCUAAUAAAAACAGAAGUUUUCUAUUAAUCAGUAUAUGUAUUACCUUUCAGCUGUACAUCGCUGGCCAUUUAAGCAUGUAAAUGUAUUUGUAUCCUAUUUACCUCCAUUUACAUUUUUAAAUAUUUGACUCCAGAUUGAGAAAGAAACUGGGAUUUGUACUGCAAUGAUAAGAUUUGUAGUUUUCAUCAAGCAUAAGUUAAACAUUAUCAGUUGAGAGUUUUUAUGGUUAUGUACUGAACAAAAUAGACAGGGGCUGGUACAUUUCAAUGCAAUUCAGUGCCAACUCUUCUGAAUCUGUAUCCACAGCUAAGUGCUUUUAUGUUUCUGACCUUUUGGAAUUCUUUGUAAGUUUUUUGUUUUUGUUUUAACAUUUGCCAUAUUUUUCUUUGGCACUGCUUUCUGACUUUCUGGUGGUAAAAUGCUAAACCGUAUGGUAUAUUUGGCAUGUAACUGGCAAUGAACGCUGUCUGAUGCCAUUUUUAAUAGGUUCAUUUAGCUUUGUAAUGUGAGGAAUGAAAUGGUUACAGCUGUUUAGAGAAUUAUUUCAGGAUUUUUAUAUUAAUUAUUGAGAGCCUUUUGUGUGUUCUUGCACUGCAGAGAUCUUUUUAAAAAUGAUUAAAAACCAGGACUAAUU